AUGAGUGCACAUCGAGGUUCGUACGACCCAAAUAACCCAGUUCUGCUACAGAAUACGAUACGUCCUGUAUCCAUAAAAAAUAUGGACGGUAAAUCUCCACGAUAUAAUCAGCGUCCCGACAGUGUUGGUGGAUCUCUUGGAAUUGACAGGGAGAACAAAGAUCAGGAGUGCUGCUUUGUUCUUCUUUUGAAGAUCGAAAAUUUCAAAGAGUACUUAGCUGAAAUUAGUUGUUGUGCUUGGUUAAAUAAUAUACCACUGGUUGCCUUUCUAGUUGGUAUUCUGAUCCUUCUGGCUGUUUUAAUCAUCUCGCCGUUCCUAAUUGUUUCGCUCAUCAUACGCGGCUAUUCGUCGAUAUCCUUGAAUGACAGCCAAGCAGUGGAGAUCAUUAGGGCACAAUCGAGCUGGCCUAGUGCAGAUAUAUCAUUACACAUUAGAUCCCUGAAAUCGAUGAUUCCUCCGAACGUUACGUUAUGCAGGGGAUAUGGGUUUUCAUGCACAAAUUUGCCGAGCCUCAUCAUUGGGACAUUGCAACGUUGUGAUGGUGUAGAAGACUGCCCAGACGGAAGCGAUGAAAUCGGAUGCAAAUUAUGUCAUACGACGGUCAACUGUUCCAGUUCAAUACACGGAGUUAUCUCAUCGAGACAUUCGAUGUGUUUACGGGGUUACCGUUUAUGUGAUGGAAAUGUUGACUGUCUAGAUGGUUCUGACGAGGAGCAUUAUUGCAGAAAAGAAUGCUCAAAAUACGAAGAACGAUGCGGUAAAACAGGUAUAUGUUUGGCCCAGGAACAGAUGUGUGAUGGUGACGUGCAAUGCAAGUACGGCGAAGAUGAAAAGAAUUGUAAUGGUAAAUGUCACGGAGGCGCAUUAUGGUGUGAAGGCAAAAAAAAGUGCAUACCCAAGUGGCAAAUUUGCAAUGGCAUUCAAAAUUGCCCAGAUGGCAAGGAUGAAAUGGAUUGCACGUGCAGAGAGUGUUCAGGUAUUGGGAAGGCAUUAUGUAACAACAGCAAUGUCUGCAUUGAACGUUCGAAGGUUUGUGAUGGUAAUGAGGAUUGUCCUGGUGGAGACGAUGAAAUUAACUGUCCGGGAAGUUGUGCACAUAUCCCAAAAGAGGAUUUUAUCCGAUGCCGAGAUGGUAUACUAUACCAUAAGAAGUAUGCUUGCAGUGGAAUAUUGAGUGAAUGUGAAGGGAAGUGUAGUGAAUGUUUCAAAGAGAUGGCAUUCACUUGCAACAAUCAUAAGUGCAUCAAAAGGAGUUUGGUAUGUGAUGGCCUGGACGACUGUGGCGACUAUUCCGAUGAAACGAACUGCAACUGCAGUAUUAUGAAACGUGUAGGAGAAACAAUGCAAUGCAAAGUAUAUACUCGUGGGGAGACGACUAAGUGCAUUUUGUUUUCGCAACGGUGUGAUGGUUAUGAGGAUUGUCCUGAUGGUGAAGAUGAGAGAAACUGUGAAAAAUGCAUUAAUCCAAAUGCUGUUUAUUGUGAACCGACGAAAACUUGCUUGGUGAGCACGAAGCGCUGUGAUGGUGUUAGUGACUGUCCCGAUAAUAAUGACGAACAAAGGUGUAGUUGUGCAGAAUGUCAGAAACAUGGGUUCCCAAUAUAUAUGUGUACAAAUGCAGCUAAAUGCUUCAGACGACAUGAAGUCUGUAAUCCCUAUACUCAGUGUCCCAAUGCUUCAGAAGUGGACAAGCUGUUUUGUGCCAGUCAAGCUCGACAAAACGCUUUCUUCGCUGUAAAAAAGGUGUGA